AGCAGAAAGAGAGCAAAAUCUUACCGAGGGCAAAACUCGUCGCGCCAAAGUUGGCACUUGCCAUCCACCAGGUGGCUACGACUACCGCGGCAACGAGUAAAGUCGGGGGAGACAUUUCUUCAGUCUUUCCUUCACUCUCAGGGAUCGCACCGCCCCUGUUACCGGAUAGGUAUGUUGACCUUAAAAGGUGAGAGGUUAUUGCUUGAUCUUGACAGGGAGACGGCGGCGGUGAAGAAGUUUGGGAGUGAUAUUAUCCCAAAAGUUAAUUUCAAAGAACUUGCUAGUCUCUCCAAAGAGAAGAUAGAAGGGAUCAAGAAACGAGGUGUGGUCGUUAUUAAGAAUGUCCUGCAGUACCAGAAAGCUCUGGCCAUGAAGGACUCUUUAAAAGAGCACAUCAAACGCAACCCCCGGGCAGCAGCGCCCCCCGCUAACUCACCGGCGGUCUACGAGCUAUAUUGGUCUCCAGCCCAGCUCGCCGCGAGAUCCCAUCCAUCACUUGUGGCCUCCCAGGGUUUUGUAAAUUCUCUCAGGCAUUCUUCUCUCCCGUCAUCGGUGGUGGACACCUCCGUGUGUCUGCCUUAUGCUGACCGCUUCCGUAUCCGCCAGCCUGGUGAUGCAGGCUUUGCUCUUGGGGCGCACAUAGACGGAGGUAGUGUGGAGCGCUGGGAAGAUCCAGAGUAUUGUCGCUGCUAUGAGAAGAUCUGGACUGGGCAAUGGGAGGAGUAUGAUGCGUAUAAAACGGAUCACAGGGUCCAUGCAAAGAUGGAUAUGUACGACGGAACGGGCAGUUGUGGAGUCUGGAGGAGUUGGCAGGGCUGGCUCUCCUUAUCAACCACAUCCCCCGGCGAGGGCACCCUCAUGGUAAACCCACUGCUAAAACACACAACAGCAUACCCAGUCCUGCGUCCAUUCUUUACCCUCUCCAAUCCCCCAACUCUUAGCGCAACUCCUCACUUCCCAAAUUCUGUCCAGGGUGCAUGUCAGGAAUACAGCAAUUCAACACAUCCCCACCUCCGCCUCGACGACGCAAUGACGCACAUGCCCCGCAUCUCGCCGGGCGACCACGUCUUCUGGCACUGCAAUACCAUUCACGCCGUGGAUCGGGUGCGUCGGGGGGCGAGUGAUAGCUCUGUGCCGUGGACAGUGGAGAAACAAGCUUAUGUUGAGCGGCAGAGAGAAGCCGAGAGGAGGGAGUGUCACCAGAGGAUUUCCCGGUGGGACUUGGAGCGGAGGCUUGAGGGUGAUGUUGGUGAUGUUUUCUUCUUCCUUGUCUCUCACUCGCUCGCAAGAGAGCGAGUUAUAGCUAGCUAG